GCCACCCCCCUCCCUCCCCCUUUCAGACAGUCUGUUUUUGCUGCAGUGAACGGUAGCAGUAUAAGGAGGGGGAAAAAGCAAGAAAAACAAGGAGCGCGCGACAGAAAAAAAAGCAAGACAGACAGACCCAGAGGGACCCGGAGCAAUCGCGAGCCACCAGAACACCGCUGGUCCAGACCCUGAACAGCAAGGAAAAAAAUCCCGUUGCCGAGGAGAUUCCACGAACCACAUAUUUUGGUGUAAUUUCGGUUAGCCUUCAGCAUCGUUAGGGGCGCCUGCGAGGACACUCGGCAAGAGACGAAUGAAGGCGUGUGUGCGCCAGACCAUGGCAUUCCCGGCAUUCCCAGCGUCGGUUCUCUGGACUCUCGGCUCCUUGACAAUUCUCUGGGCUUCGGUGCAGAGCAACGUCGUUAUGGAGGACGACCCCUUCCAGCCUGUGACCACGGAUGAGACGGUGUCGGUGGGUGGGACGGUGACCCUGACCUGCCGGGUGAUGGAGAGCGACAACUCCUCCCUGCAGUGGUCCAACACCGCCCAGCAGACCCUGUACUUCGGGGACAAGAGAGCUCUAAGAGACAACCGCAUCCAGCUGCAUCGGUCCACGCCCACGGAGCUGUCAAUCACCAUCGCCGAUGUGCAGCUAUCGGACGAUGGAGACUACACCUGCUCCAUCUUCACGAAGCCCAUUCGCACCGCCCGCGCCACAGUCACCGUGCUGGGCGUCCCGGGCAAGCCGCAGAUCCUAACCAACAACGAGGCGGUGCAGGAGGGAGGCACCGUCACCCUGAUCUGCUCCAGCUCGGGCGGGAAACCCGCCGCCAAGCUGCGCUGGUACAAGGACAAGACGGAGCUGACCGGCUCGACGGAGACGGUGCAGGCCGACCCGAACGAACGCACGUUCACGGUGAGGAGCGAGCUGCAGCUCCCCGUCACCCGCGGCGACAACAAAGCCGUCGUCGCCUGCACGGUGGACCACCCCUCCCUCACCGGGGGCGACGAAACGACAGAGGAGGAGCUCAGCGUGCUGUACUCUCCCAUCGUCCACAUCGAACCUGAGACUAAUCUACCCAGAGAGGGAGCCAAGUUCUACCUGCAGUGCAUUGGUGAUGGAAACCCCGAUCCCUCCUCCUUUCUCUGGGAGAAGAAGGACGGCUCGCUGCCCUCGCUGGUCAAGGCCGACGGGAGCUUCCUGCGCUUCGAGCAGCUGAACAAGUCCGACAACGGCGUCUACCUGUGCCAGGUGGACAACGGGAUCGGGACGGGCCUGGCCGACUACGCCCUGCUGGUGCAAGGCCACCCGCAUUCAGACGCCCUCUAUCCUACCUCUGUUUUUAAUCCCUCCCUCUUUCCUUCCUCUCCUCCUGCCUCUUUCCCCUCUUCCUCUUCUUCUCCUUCUCUCUCGUUCAUCUCUUCCUCUCUCUCUUCGUCUGCCUCCUCUUUAAUGUCAACUUCUCCUUAUACCUCUCCUCCCUUGUUAAUGUCUACUUCUCCCUCUCCUUUAGCCUCUUCUUCUCUCUCCAGCUCUUUAUUUCCCUCGGAAAGUGGCUCUCCCUCUCUAUCUCCCUCCCAUCCCCUCCUCUCCUCCUCCCUUUCUCCCUCUCUUACUCCAUCAUCAGUUCCUAUACGGCUGAAUGGACUUUACAGCUUCACAGAUUCUGCAGACAGCGCUGCAGACCCCACCGCCAUGUCCACCUCCUCCGGGGUUGACCACGCUGUGAUUGGUGGAGUGGUUGCGGUCAUUGUCUUCAUCCUCCUCUGUCUCCUCAUUGUCCUGGGCAGGUACCUGAUCAGACACAAAGGGACGUAUCUGACUCACGAGGCGAAGGGUUCGGACGACGCGCCCGAUGCCGACACGGCUAUCAUCAACGCGGAGGGGGGUCACUCUGGAGCGGACGACAAGAAAGAGUACUUCAUCUAGAGAGGGAGGGAGGGAGGGGUGGAGAGAGGGAUAGAGGGAGGGAUGGAGGGAGGAGGAGGGAAAGAGGAGGAGCGGCAUCCGUCUGCCUUCUGCACGCUGUGGGUGUGUGCGUUCGUGGGGGUGGGGGGGGAAGGUGCAGAGAGAAAACUAAAGAAAAAGUAAGAACUGAAGACAGAAAAAAAUCAAAAACAGCAGAAGCAGAAUUAAACUGAUUUUUAACAAAAGGCAUUAAACUCACACACACAUACACACUGACACACUAACUAAAAAGCAACCUUGUACACACAAACGCACUCUCAUGCACACAAACACACGCACACACUCAAACACGAACACAUAUGCAGACGUACGCACUCUCUCUCAAACGCAGAACACGCACACCGAACAGCUUAUGUAGACCGGAGCUAUAACGUUGUGACGUCCUUAGUUGUCUUAUCCGAGGAAACAGAACUUUAUAGAGCCCUGCAAACACUCUGUCUGCCACACACUAAAAGAAGCCUCCACAUCCAAUGUGUGGGAUUCCACUAUAAAUAUAUAAAUAUAUAUAAAUAUAUAGCAUUGUUUUUACUCAACAGAAAAUGGUUCAGUGUACUGUAAAUACUCUUUCUCUCUCUCUUUCUCUCACUCUCUCUCUCACUCUAUCUCUCUCUCUAUCUUUCUCUUGCGCUCCGUAUGUCUUGCUAUGUCUGGUAUUGCGGUAUAUAUUCUAUAGCCUGCCUGUUUUUUCAUACCUGUGUGGAAAUGCUGCGGUGAAAAAAAAAAACAUAUCUGGUGGGGAAAAAAACUGUUUCCAAAUAGAAUCUUAAACUACAGCAGAUGUUUGUAUGAGUUCGGUUUUCUCAGAUUUGCCUCGUUGUGUUGCUGUUCGUUGUCGCGCGGCUAACAGUGGUCUGCUCAGGGGGAAGGCGAUUACAUUCCUUUUCGUCAUCGUCACGAGGGGUUUAUUCACAUCGAAAGCCAUCGUCGGUUUUAACGGUCGCGAUCGCGAUCGCGAUAACCUUAGUCUUUUUUUUUUUUAACGGUCGCUGCGUUUCAUUUCACACUUUUGAGGGAGACUGCUUUUGUGGUGACGUCACUUCCGGUUGUGGAGCCGCGUCGCGGAUUGCCCGCUCCUGCAGAGGGGAAGCCUGGCAGACUGUUAUCCCAGGGUUACCAAAAUGCUCCAGAUCUCUUCUUUUUUUUUUACCUCCCUCCUUCCCUCCUUUCUCUUCUGUGUCCCUCUAUCCUUUCGUUCAAAUCCGUUUUGAUUGGCUGUCCCGGGGCCUAUGCUGCUCAAGCAUGCACAGUUACCUAGAUAUGAAAAGGAGAAAUUAAGCUAACAACAAUAUUCCUGCCUACAGACAACGUAUAUCUGAGUAUUUAAGCAGUCAUCAUUUUAACAUUUUCACUCUCAUUCUCUGCUGCUACUCUGUGUCUCAAUCUUAGACUGUGCAGGGGACAUUGCUCUCUCUCUCUCUCUGUCUUUCCCCCCUCUGUCUCUUUCUUGUAGGUAUUUUCAUGAAAUAUAAAAUAUCGCAAAUCUCAUGCAUGUCUGCAUUUCCCCUUCCUCUCUCUUUCACACUAACCACCCGUUUCCAUCGCUCUCCCUUUUUCCCUUCUCGCACGCAGAGACUCGCACACACGUGCGCACGCACGCACACACACACACACACACACACUCUCACACACUCUCACGCACACACGCUCUCUCACACACACCCAUGGAAUAUGCAUAUAUAAAUAUAUUGCUAGAUUGGCUGCAAUGUUGUCAUUUGCAGCACACUAUACCUGGCAGUUUGGCAUUCUCAGUGGCUGUGUUGGUAUUCUUUAUAGCACUGUCGAUAUGACUGAUAUGUUUCUGUAGCACUGUUGCUUGAUUGUUGUCCACAUAUAUUUGAAAUGUUCAGGGAUUUCUCUCCUGUUCAGUAUAACUGUAUAUACCGACAGUUCUGCCCAGUUUCUGUAUAUGUUCCAGUUCUCCUCACGGGAUGGGAGAAAGCGGUCAUGUGACUCUGUAUCUAUGUAUGGAUAAACUUCCACUUCAGUUGCAUUUGUCUGCAGUGGCCACAGCUCACCACUGGAGGGCAGUGUAAUGCAGCCUGCCUCAGUGUUUCCUGUCUCAUUCUUCUUCUUCUUCCCGCUGAGAAUGAGACCAAUGGGGCUCUUAAUUGUCCUGUUUUAGCAAUGUGUGUUUAAAAAAAGUGUUACAUUUUAAAUUAUUACAAUCUUUUUAUAGCUGUGCAUAUUCCUUUGUGUUAUUUUAAAUGCAAUUCAUUAUUUACAUUUUUACUAGGAGUGCUAAACUUAGAAUUUUAGCUUAGGUUUUUAUGUGAAUUUCAUUGUUUACCAGUUUUCCCAUUUUACCAUAAUUUGUUGUAUAUAGUGUAGCCUUUACUGCCUCUUCUUACAAAUAACACAUGCUUUAGUACAUUGGAACACACACAGACGCAUACACAAGUUGAAGAGUGUGUGUGUGUGUGUGUGUGUGUGUGUGUGGGGGGGGGGUGGGUGAGGGUGAGGUAGGGACAUUAUGCAGUCUGUGGCUGUGGUGUAUGCUUGCAUGUGUGUGUGUGUGCAUGUGUGUGUAUCUGUGUGUGUGCGUGUGUGUGUGUGUGAGGGAGGGAGGGAGGGGUGCUUCAUAACUAAUCCAAAUUGACACAGCUGGAAAUUGUGAAGUUUCACACUUUCAUUGAUGUUUUGUUUUGAAUGACAGGCUGCGUUGGUAUUAUUUUGGAUGACAAGUCUUCCCUUUGAAUAAAAUAUUCAUAUCACAUGGAAAUGGUACUAUUGUUUUUGUUACUUUCUAUCAAUGAUGAUGAAAACACCAAUAAGUCAUCAAAGUAGGACGUUCUACAGAGAACUGUUGUAUUGUUCAAAGUGGAGUUUUUUUUUUGUUUGUUUUUUUUUUGUUACAAUAUCAAUACGUACAGUUCUUCAAAUAAACAUGCAUUUGGGUUAACUUA